GGCGACAUACAUGACUUCAGAUCUGUCGGCUUCGGAAAUUUCGCAACAAAAAAAAAUGGAUGAAAACGUGUUCUAAACACCUCAAUCACGGAUAUAAUUAGAAACCUGAUGGCGAAAUGGAUGUUUGCAGACCAAGGAGUCGGCGAAAGGCAGCCAUGCAACGGAAAAGGGCCCCAGUUGAUGACUUUGGACCCGACAAUAAGAGACGGCCCACCCCUGAAACCUACUUGGAAGCAAGCCCUGACAUGUCUAUGAUUACCAGUACCAGAAGGAACGAUAGGAGUAUAGCCCUUUGUGACCCUAUAGGAUUGUCACCUAUUCUUCCAAGUGCAUCACAGGAGCAGGAUCAACAAGGUUCAUUACAGAAAAGACUUGUGUAUGAGUCAUCUCCUGUUGUAUCAAGGACUAGUGAGCAGAGGUCAUCUGAUAUCUUAUUCUUGUCAGGUGACGAUGAUCUCUUUGAAUGGGAUGAAGAUGAUAAAGCAAAACCCAACAAAGGUUCCACAUCACCACACCAUGUAAAGGACCGUAAGGACAGCCAUGCGAAAAAAGAUGAUGCAAAUGACGACCAAAACCAUGAGAGAAAAGAUUUUGCCAUUGAAGAGAAGAAGAUGGAAGGACCAUCAGAAAAUACUGAUGAUUUAUGGGAAGAUGAUGAUACAUUAUAUGCUCAGCUUGAUAUCAGUCUUAUAGUAGCCGAAUCUCAGGGAAAUCAUCAAAACGGUGCAUGUACUAAUCGUGAAGAAGUUCAAACUAUUGGUGUGGACGAUCGGUCAGAACCCACUACUGCUCAGUCAAAGUCGCAAAGUAAUACAGGUGUUAGGAACUUGGUGAGUGAUUGUACAGCAUCUGGAGAAAGAACAUCUAAUGUGAGAACAAAAGAACAUGGAAGUGCAAUAAACAAGUGUCCCGAGGUAGACAGAGCUGUGCCGAUGAUGCAGAGUAGUAACAAAGCUAGUAUAUCCUCAGUAUGUACUGUCACCAAAGACCGCCACACUACGGCUGAUGGACCUGUAUCAAGAACUAAGCAGGAUGAUGAAUCUAUUAGAAAAGGAACACCCCAUCAAGAGAAAUGGUUCAGCCAUUUGUCAGAGGGUGCUUCAGGUCACCACAAAAUGCGAAGAGAAACGACUUCAAUCGUAAGUCCCGUUGCAAGAGGGAGUCACACUGCCAGUGAUAGUCAUCAAACUCCAAGGUUAGCAGGGGCUACGACCAGUUCCCGUCUUAAGCAACGUCUUCAUGGUAAUGCCAAGGUGACGACACCGCCACCAACCAUGCUUCAUCAGCUUCUCCGUGAGGCAGCCGUUGAGGAAGCCAUGUUGGGGCUAGCUGACGUGCAGUCUGCUGUUAAGGACAAGGACAUUGGUCCAUUUUACGGUCUUCCCAGGAGGGUUCAAGAACUGUUGGAGAAACAAAGGGGUAUCUCACAACUCUAUGAAUGGCAAGAUGAAUGUCUCAGUCAACGGGCUGUGAAAGAAGGUCGCAACUUGAUCUACUCUCUCCCUACUAGUGGAGGCAAAACCUUGGUCGCUGAGAUCAUUAUCAUGCAACAGAUCCUAUGUCAUCAAAGAGAUGCUCUUCUUAUCCUGCCGUAUGUCUCCAUUGUACAAGAAAAGGUAACUUCCCUGACCCCUCUGGCAGUAGAGCUUGGAUUCCUUGUGGAAGAGUACGCCGGCAGCAAAGGGUCCAUCCCACCGAGGAAGCGCAGAAAGAAGCACGCCCUCUAUGUUUGCACCAUAGAGAAAGCUCACACCUUGGUGAACUGCAUGAUCCAAGAGGAAAGAAUGAAGGAGAUUGGUCUGGUUGUGGUUGAUGAGCUUCACAUGAUUGGAGAUGGCGGACGACGAGGGGCUUCCCUGGAGAUUUGUCUUUCAAAGCUACUCUACCUGGAUACGUGCCAGAUACUAGGGAUGAGUGCAACACUCAGUAACAUCAGUGACUUAUCAGCAUUCCUCAAAGCAGAGGUUUAUACCAACAAUUUUAGACCAGUCGAGCUGAAUGAAUAUAUCAAGUUAGAAGAUAACAUCUUUGAAGUCAAUCCUGGGAGCAACCUUCCAGAAGAUGAAAAGUUCACCCAUGCGAGGACCAUCACAUUCCCUUAUAACAAGGCGAUGCUGAAAAACGACCCUGAUCAUCUAGUAGGGCUUGCUCUGGAAGUCAUCCCGACAAAUUCUUGCCUAUUCUUCUGUGCAACGAAGAAGAACUGCCAAAAUGUUGCAGAGAACAUCUGUAGGUACAUACCAAGAAACAGAGCCAAGCAGUUGUUCCAACACAAGCACAAGGAGAAGGAGGAACUGUUACUGUCAUUACGAAGAGAAUGCGACAACAAUCUCUGCCCCACUCUGAAACGCACCAUACCUUACGGGGCUGCGUACCAUCACGGUGGCUUGACGAUGGAUGAGCGGAAGCUGAUAGAGGAUGCUUACUCAGAUGGAACGCUUUGUUUAUUAACAGCUACAUCCACUCUAGCAGCUGGUGUCAACUUACCAGCUAAAAGGGUUAUAUUGAGAAGCCCUUAUAUAGCUGCAGAGCUUCUGACAACAAGUCGUUACAAGCAGAUGGUUGGCAGAGCUGGACGGGCUGGAAAGGACACCUCUGGUGAAAGUAUCUUGAUCGUAAAGCCCAAAGAUAGAAAACAGGUGAGUGAGAUGUUGAAUGGGCCAAUCAAAGGAUGUUACUCCAGUCUGAUGCAUGAUGAAGGAAAAGGAAUGAGAAAUCUAGUACUUUCUCUCAUCAGUCUCAAGAUCACAAGAACAGAAGCAUCCCUCCAGGAUUUCAUCAAGAGAACCCUUUGUGGCAUCCAGGCAGCCGAGUUCCAACGUGACCUGGUAGAGCUGGCUCAGAAUGCCCUCAAGCAGGUGGCAGAUCUGUGUUUGGUUAAGACUACCAAGGACAACUUGCUGGAAGUCACCAGGAUAGGACAUGCUGCAUGCAAAGGUUCUGUUGAUUUAGACCUAUGUUCAGACCUGUAUAAAGAUCUGAAGUUCGGGUGUGACAAGGGCUUGGUCCUGGCCAACUCGCUUCAUCUCCUGUACCUAGUGACCCCAUAUGAUCAAAUUGACUCGGCUAGACCAAACUGGAUGGUUUAUAUGAAACAGUUUUCAUGCUUGACUGAAUCGGAGCAUAAAGUUGCUGAACUGGUCGGUGUAUCUGAAUUCUACAUGCAAUGCAAGAUGACUGGUGUUUCUAGCAAGCAAUUCACCCCAGCGUUGGAGAGAAGAGCACAUCGCUUCUACCUCACCCUGAUGCUGUGGGAGAUGAUGAAGAGAAAGAGCAUAUGGGAAGUCGCUGCUUGCUUUGACACUCCAAGAGGCUUCGUACAAACUGUCUUCACGUCGGCUGCAAGCUUUGCUUUCUCGGUUCAAAGAUUUUGUGAGGAUCUUGAAGAGUUCUGGGCAGUGCAUCAGCUCCUUAGCAAGCUGGUCUAUGAUCUGACGUACUGUGCUACAGCGGAUCUGAUGCCCCUCCUCGAGAUACCAGGAGUUAAACAGGGCCGAGCCAAGCAGUUAGUACAGGCUGGUUACAAGACCCUUCAUCAUCUCGCUCAUGCAGAUCACACAGAUCUUAUCUCAAAGAUUGAUCAUCUACCCAUCAAGAUUGCAAAACAGAUUGUAGCAGCUGCAAAGAUGGCCCUAGCAGAGCGCAUUGAGGCCUUGCAUGAUGAAGCAGAGGAACUCACAAGCUCACCGGAUCUCUCAAAGAGUUCAUGAAUGUCAGAGGUCUGUACCGUGUCUUUUAGCAGGAAUCUUGCCAUAAGGAUCCUAUCCAUCUUUUCACUGCAGCUUACCUGCAGUCCCCAUUGUUUUGUCAAUGUGAUUGGGAUGAUCUGUAUUAAAAAGGUGCCUACAUUCAGGGGCUCGUUUCUAAACUCAGAGUUACUCGGGUCUAGAGUUGUGGCUGAACAAAGGAAAGCCAAUCGUGACACAAGUCUCCAGGAAGAGGUUGAAUCUAUCAGCUUAUUUGGCAUCUUUAAUAGUUCACAACUGUGAGAGUAAUAUUGGUAUAUGCGUUAUAUCUAGGUAGCGUUUCAUGAAAGGACUUGUCAGACGUUUUAUCUGACAAGUCCCAUUUUAUCUGAUGGUUACCAUAGUAACAG